AUGUCCAAUGCUAGAAAAGGUUAUAAUGCUAGGAGUUCUAUGGCCCCAUACACGCGGCCAAUAGUUGCUUCCAAAAGAGGUAAGUACCAACUCUUCUCUAAACUUAAGUCGUACUUUACUUCUGGAACCUCUGCGGACAUGACAACAGUUACAGCGAAUCGAAAACCCUCUUGUGAGUUCAUUGCUCCAGGUGGUUUCUAUAAUUUCGAAAAUUCAGCUCCAUCAAAUUUGAGUUCGAAACAAGAGAAAAGACUUUUGCUGUCUGACGAAAACGAAACUCAGGAUCAUAGCGAUAUUUCUAAUGCCAAGUUAGCCGAAUUUUUCCGGGAGAAGGGUGAUGAGCCCCUAUCUGAAGUGGAAUAUGAGGGUGUCUUAUCUCUAAUGAAGAAGAGCAAAUCGGUAAUCUCAACUCCACGUUCGAAAAGAAAAAAUUCUAUCAACGAGGAGCUGAACCCGAAAACUAGAAUGUUGAGGUCGUCUAAGAGCUCAACAUCGGGUACUCCUUUCAAAACACCAUCUUUCAAGCCUAAAUACGAAGAAAGUUCAACACUAGCGAAUACCUCGAUGAGAAGUCUAACAUCUUCAACGUCAAGUAGGCGGCGAGUUUUUGACUACUCACAGCUACCAUCACCUUAUCGGACAACAGUAUACAAAUAUAGUGCUACUGUAAGAGAUAAGAUAAAUGACGAAAACGAAUCAAGCAGAAUCGAGAAGCCACCUAUUGCGAAAAAGCUUAGCAAUACCGCUUCUGCUCUGGUAUCUUUGCUUGAUGAUGUCGAAGUCGAGAAAUCGAUCACGCGUGGCAAUGUGUCCUCCAGUCUUGCCAACCCGUACUCUUCUCAGUUAUCACAAAUUCGGAAAUAUAAGAAGCUUCAUGGCGAACCAAGAACUCCUAAGACGCCAUCACAAUCCUCUGAUACCACACCAGUUAAAUCAAGAGCACUUGAAGAACUUGAAAACUCAAAGAAUGAAACAAAAAAUGCAGAUACAGCAAGCAUGCAUACAUUCGAGAAAUACAAGCCUUCAAAAUCUUCAUCUCUUCGUGUUGCAGUUUCACUGGAAGAGUCACCCAAAAAGAAAGAAGAAACCACACAAGUUCGUAAUGUCGAAGGCUCAGUACCUCAAUCCUCGUUCAACUUUACUUUUGGCGAGUCUAAGGCAGAACAUAUUCCGAGCAAAUCCGUUGUUCAGGAAAACAAACAGGGCAACAAAGAAGAUGUCCAACGUGCUUCCAAUGUUAUAAGUCAUCCAACCAAGGGUGAGAAAUCAUUAUUUUCAGUCGAGAAAGACUCUAUUGAAAAUGAGGAAACUGGCAAAUUAAACGGAUCACAUAUUAACAUUCCUUCUCAAAGUGCAGAGAAGCCACAGAGUCAGGUGAAUGAAACAUUGGAUUUUAAGAUUGGCCCUCAAAAACAUGAUUUAGCAAAUCCUGCUGUAGAGCAUAGAGCAAUUUUGUUUGACUUUGGGCUACCACCGAACUCUCAAAUCGAUCCCAAAUUAGUGAGUGAAAGCCAGGUCGAGAGAUUCAAGUCGUUGUAUGUUUUCCAAUAA